GGAAGUCACAGCAGAGCGAGGGCCUGGCUGAGGAGUGAUCAGAGCAUCAUCACCACCAUGGGGAACUGUUGCGACGCUGUGUGCGGUUUUUUCGGCCGGCAAAAGAACACCAAUGUUCGUGUCAGCCUGCCGGCUGUCUGCUUCGUCUGGCAGAUUGCUAUGAUUAUACUGUUUGGAGUUUUCAUCCGGUAUGAUGAAGAGUCAGACGCACACUGGGCAGAGCACAAAAGGGAUCACAACAUCACCAGCGAUAUCGAAAACGACUUCUACUUCAGAUAUCCCAGCUUCCAGGACGUCCAUGUCAUGAUCUUCAUUGGAUUUGGUUUCCUCAUGACCUUCCUGAAACGCUACAGCUUCGGUGGUGUAGGCUUCAACUUCCUGAUUGCCUCCUUCGGUUUGCAGUGGGCUCUUCUCAUGCAAGGCUGGUUCCACUCCCUCGACCACACCACCGGAAAAAUCUACAUCGGAGUAGAGAGUCUGAUCAAUGCUGACUUCUGCUGUGCCGGCUCUCUGAUUGCUUACGGUGCCCUCCUGGGAAAAGUCAGCCCCGUCCAGCUGAUGGUCGUCACCUUAUUUGGCAUCACGCUGUUUGCUGUGGAGGAAUACAUUAUCCUCACCCUUCUUCAUUGCAGAGAUGCUGGUGGCUCCAUGGUCAUUCACGCCUUCGGAGGAUACUAUGGUUUGGCCAUCUCCUGGGUCCUCUACCGACCAAACCUACACCUAAGCAAACGCCUCAAUGGAUCCGUCUACCACUCCGAUGUGUUUGCCAUGAUUGGUACACUGUACUUGUGGAUGUUCUGGCCCAGUUUCAACUCAGCCAUCACGGACCACGGUGACGGACAGCACAGAGCAGCCAUCAACACUUACCUGGCCCUCGCUGCCUCUGUUCUCACCACCGUGGCCAUCUCCAGCAUGUCUCAGAAGAGAGGAAAGCUGGACAUGGUGCAUAUCCAGAAUGCCACACUGGCCGGUGGUGUUGCCAUGGGAACAGCAGCAGAGUUCAUGAUCACUCCUUAUGGUUCACUGAUUGUGGGUUUCUGCUGUGGAAUCAUCUCCACCUUUGGCUACCUGUUUGUCACGCCCUUUUUGGAGAAAUAUUUGAAGCUCCAGGACACGUGUGGUGUUCACAAUCUGCACGCUGUGCCAGGGAUGCUCGGCGGCUUCAUAGGAGCCAUUGUUGCUGCAGCCGCCACUGAAUCUGUCUACAGCAAAGAGGGGUUGAUCAACACAUUUGACUUUGAAGGAGAUUUUGCAAACAGAUCUGUAGGAACGCAGGGAGGCUACCAGGCUGCUGGCACAUGUGUGGCAAUUGCAUUUGGACUUGUUGGAGGAGCGAUUGUGGGUUUCAUCCUGAAGUUCCCUAUCUGGGGCGACCCUGCUGAUGACAACUGCUAUGAUGAUGAAGUGUACUGGGAGGUUCCUGAGGAAGAGGAGAGCAUCCCUCCCGUCCUGGAGUACAACAACCACAUGAUACACAAGCACCAAGAAAUAUCUGAGUCAAACUUCUCUGUGGAGCAAAGUUAGAGGUGCGCAGCAGAAGAUCAACCUCCCUCAUAUCACUUUGAACUUGAUACCGCUGUGAAACAACACUUAUUUAUGAAGGAGCAACAAGGAACAAUACUUUGCCAUGUUCUGCCAGUCUUGUGUACAUUGGUCUGGCACCUUUGUCAAUGAUUGGAAGCUUAAGAUUAUGAUGACGCUCACCAAAUAUCACAUUAAUGGAAAAAAUAUUCUGAAUCAAAACUGCAUUCACUUUCUCUUUCAUUCUGGAAGAAACUGCAUAUGAUUUGAAGAUGCUUGAUGACUGGAAAAUGUCAGGUCGUGAACCCAAGCAGUAUGAUGAGAAAUCAUAGACGCUUUGUUUAUAUUGUGUUAGAUGAUUAUGAUGCACAGAAAGAAACUCAUUUUCAUGAGUUUGGAAAUACAUCACUGUACUCUUUUAUCUUUGCUAUAGAGAGCGCUGAAUGCUUCCAUGUCAUGCCUUUUAAUUGUUGAAUAUUGUCACUGAUAAUGUUUGCUAUUUUGUUGCUUAUAAAUGAAGAGUCUGCUAAAUCCAUUUAGUUGUUGGUGCAAAAAAGGCAUUUAGUGAAUAAUCAAAUGUAUUUGUGCAGCCAAAUUAAACAUUUUUUGUGUUUUAUAUCUUAGUUCUUAAAUUAUGUAUAGGUCUUUGUAAGAUGUGUGUACAUAUGAUUCCACAUUUUAUCCCAUACUUUUUGUUUGUUGCAUAACUCACUUGUUCUUAAGGUGGAAGUUUUGAGUAGCUACAGUAACUAUGAUACAGUUUCCAGUGGUUUGGUUGCUGCAGUGUUGAAGGUUACCUCCAAUAAACUAUACCUGACUGUA